GGAGGGCAAGGCUUUUUCCGUAACCUGAAGCAACAUCCUUCUGAGUCUCCAUAAAAAAGGCGGGAACUAGCCAGCAGGCUGGGGAGUGAUGGGACGCGCGCCUCCGCACGUCCCGCCCAUUUCAGCCUCUGAUUGGUGGGUGUUCUUGGCUCGUGGCGGAGGGGCCUGCCACAUAGGUUGUCAGCCUUCCGGGGGCGGGUCCGGGACGCCGGUCCUGUUCCCUCCUCGGUCAGCCCCGGCUGCCGACGUGGGGGAGGCGGCAGCAGGCGGUUAGGGCCGGGGUGUGGGUGCCGAGAGGGAAGUGGGGGGGAUGGGAGCCCUGCGGCUGCUGGCGGUGGCCCUCACCUGCUGCUGGUGGCCGCCGGGCAGCCAGGGUAAGACCCUGCGGGGUAGCUUCAGCAGCGCCGCGGCCCGAGACGCUGAGGGCCAGAGCAUCGGCCACUUCGAGUUCCACGGUGACCAUGCUCUUCUGUGUGUCAGAAUCAACAAUAUAGCAGUAGCUGUUGGAAAAGAAGCUAAACUCUACCUGUUCCAAGCCCAGGAAUGGCUAAAGCUACAGGACAGCAGUCAUGGUUAUAGUUGUGGUGAAAAAUUAUCCAAAGCUCAGUUGACAAUGACCAUGAAUCAGACUGAACAUAAUCUGACCGUGUCCCAGGUUCCAUAUCCACAAACGUGGCACGUGUUUUAUGCUGACAAGUAUACAUGCAAAAAUGACAAUGAGAAUUCUCAGGCGGAAGAGAUCCCAUUUGAAAUGAUGUUACUAAACCCAGAUGCUGAAGGGAAUCCAUUUGAUCAUUUUAGUGCUGGAGAAUCUGGGUUACAUGAGUUCUUUUUCCUCCUAGUCCUGGUGUACUUUGUGCUUGCUUGCAUUUAUGCUCAGUCAUUGUGGCAGGCUAUCAAGAAGGGAGGGCCCAUGCACGUGAUCCUAAAGGUUCUGACAGCUGCACUGCUGCUACAGGCCGGCUCAGCGUUAGCUAAUUAUAUUCAUUUCUCCAGUUACUCCAAAGAUGGAAUAGGGAUACCUUUUAUGGGAAGUUUGGCAGAAUUUUUUGACAUUGCUUCCCAAAUUCAAAUGUUAUACCUGCUUCUGAGUCUAUGCAUGGGUUGGACGAUAGUCAGAAUGAAGAAGUCUCAAAGCAGACCUCUCCAGUGGGAUUCUACUCCUGCAUCCACUGGCAUUGCUGUAUUCAUUGUGAUAACACAGAGUAUUUUGCUACUUUGGGAACAGUUUGAAGAUACCAGUCCUCACAGCUACCAUUCACAUCACAACUUAGCAGGGAUCUUGCUAAUCAUUUUAAGGAUUUGCCUAGCAUUGUCAUUAGGCUGUGGACUCUACCAGAUCAUCACAGUGGAGAGAAGCACGCUAAAAAGGGAGUUUUACAUCACGUUUGCCAAAGGCUGUAUCUUGUGGUUUUUAUGCCAUCCAGGUCUUGCAUGUAUUUCUGUCAUUUUUAGUGACUACCAAAGAGAUAAGGUUAUUACAAUAGGUGUUAUCCUUUGCCAGUCUGUUUCCAUGGUUAUUCUGUACAGACUCUUUCUGUCCCACAGUCUAUACUGGGAAGUUUCUUCGCUUUCUUCAGUAACACUACCACUGACCAUAUCAUCUGGACACAAAAGUCGGCCUCACUUCUGAUGCUUUGAUUUUCUUUAAAGGAAAAGUGAAUUGAUUUAAGAGUGCAAUAAGGAUCCAAAUACAGUGACUUUUUUUUUUCAUACUUUUGGUAUGAAAAAUUGAACAAAGAAGGCAGAGCAUGUUAUUUAUAUAACUGCAUUUAAGCAGUAUCAAACUGAAGAAAGGUAAUAAAUGAAAUGUUUUGAAAUACGCUUAAUAAACUUUCAAAAAGUGUGUUGUUAUAAGGUGACUUAUGCAAUUUCUCUGUGGAAAUUAAGAUGAAAAAGAAUUAUAUGAUAUUUUGGUAAGAGAUUCACCACUUGUAAUGCCUCAUCUUAUAUAAAUAGUUAACUCAGGUUUGAUAGUCCUAUAAAAAGUAAUCAGUUAAAUGAUUACUUGCUUACAUAUCUAAACUAAGUCCAAUUACGAAAUCAGUGUAAUACACUGAUUAAAAACUGCUUCUUUUUACGCUUUAAGGAAAAUGCAUUUCAUACUGGAGUUUAAAGGAAUUGAAAAUGAAACUACUUCAGAAUGUGAAUAUAAAAUAUAUUUAUAGCUAAAUGAAUAAGUUUUUGUUUAUUUGUGUGUGGGGUUCUUCUCCAUUUUCUUCGAUCACUUUUGGCUCUAGUUCAGGUUCUGGC